UAAAAAAACCAACUGUCCUGUGACAAUUCGAUUUUAUAUGGACCGUCAGGAAAAAAAAUUGAGAGUUACCAGUAAGUGUAAAUAUGAUCAUAACCACCUUCCGGAGGUUAAAGCGGCAGGGAAGACAGUUAAGAAAUUAACGCUUGAACCAUCAAAACGAGCCAAAAAAAUCUUACCUGCUAAGAUGCCAUCACCAGAAUUUACCGCGACCUAUGAAACAGAAGAUGAUUAUGAAAAUAAAAAUUCGAAAAAUACUGAUGGGAAUCUUGACAACACAGCAUCCUCUUCGGAAGCUUUUGAUCAACGUGACCACCGUGAAACUAACCCUAGAAAAAAGAAACGAAUUAAAGCAAAAAAAUCAAACUUACCUGCUACGAUGCCAUCACCAAAACUUCCCGUCAGCCCUGCAAUAGAAGAUAAUAAUGAAAAUCAAAAUUCCAAUAAUACAGAUGGAAGUCUUGACAGUACAGCAUCAUCUUCAGAGGCUUCUGAUCAACGUGACCGCCGUAAAGCUGACCCUGAAAAGAAAAAAGAUAUUAAAGCAAAAAAAUUAACUACUGAAAAAACAAACUUACCUGCUACGUUGCCAUCAUCAAAACUUCCUGUCACCCCUGCAAUAGAAGAUGAUUAUGAAAAUAAAAAUUCGAAAAAUUAUGAUGGGAAUCUUGACAACACAGCAUCCUCUUCGGAAGCUUUUGAUCAACGUGACCACCGUGAAACUAACCCUAGAAAAAAGAAACGAAUUAAAGCAAAAAAAUCAAACUUACCUGCUACGAUGACAUCACCAAAACUUCCCGUCAUCCCUGCAAUAGAAAAUAAUAAUGAAAAUCAAAAUUCCAAUAAUACAGAUGGAAGUCUUGACAGUACAGCAUCAUCUUCAGAGGCUUCUGAUCAACGUGACCGCCGUAAAACUGACCCUGAAAAGAAAGAAGAAAUUAAAACAAUUGAAGCGAAAAAAUUAACAAUAAAUAAACAAAAUUUAUCUGCUCAGAUUGACGUAUCAAAAAUUACCGGGACCAGUGAAAAAAAAGACGAGUUUGAUAACAAAGAAAUGUUUACAACUUGGAACUUAAAACCUUCGGGGAUAAUCGAAGUAUCCGAAACGCUAGAACCUAAAAUACCUCUGGUAGCGAAUCAAGGACGUCCCAAGAAAAGAACCCGUGCGAUUAAAUUGAUUUCUACAAAUGUCGACAAGGACACUGAUCUAGGACCCAAUAAAAAAAGAAGAAAAAUUGCACAACAGCAAGAAAAACAAAUAAAAAAAUUUUCUACAUUAACUGUUGAAGAAAAAAGUGAAUUUCUGCUCAAUUUAUUAGUCAAAAAGGACGUAAAAACAUCUAAUGAACAAGAAAUAUCACUGGAAGAAAUAAAAAAAAUAUCAAGUAAAACAAUGCCACAUGCAAUAACUGCGAGUCGUCUCAAAAUUGUUAGAGGAAAAUUAAGUGAAAAUGCCUAUAAAUACAUAAAUAGAAUGAUAAAGAAAAGAACAGAUGAAGAUACAUGGUACUGUGGUAAAUGCCGGAAAUCAAUCAGUGGGAAUGUUUCAACUGAAUGUGAGUGCUGUCUACGUUGGUUCUGCAGUAAAUGUGAAAAACAGGAAGAAAAGAAAAAAAAAGUUUGGUUUUGCUCAGAAUGCGAAAAAACUGGUAAAUAAAAUUGAACGUUGCUUUGAAAUUUAAAUAUCAUUAAUUUUAACAACGCUAUGCGUUGACUAUAUCGACCUCUUUUUCAAUUAUUUAUGAAACUUGAUUUAAUAUAAUUUUGUUAUGGACUAAAUUAGUUUAUUUUAUCAUUUAUAUAUUUAUAACCCGAGCUAUCCGUGACUUUAAGGUUCACAUCAUU